UUAUUGAAUUUUUGACGAAAUUUGAAUAUUUUUUGACCGAUUUUCCUAGAGAAAAUUGAAAUUUUUGUCAAUUGCUGUUUGGUCAGAUGGGUUUUCAGUAGUUUUUGGUUCAAAUUUUCACACUCCAGAAGAGGUCGUCUUUUUUGCACUUGUAAGAAAAUCGCUCAUUACAAGUGCCCAAGAUGGUGAGCCACUUUGACGAAAAAAGUGGAGUAGUACCCUGCGGAACUGAAUGGGGAAGAUGGUGGCAAAACGUUGAUGAAGUUCACGUCGAGAUCAUAUCAUUCAAAAACUUAAAAGCUAAGGAUGUCUCGAUAAAAAUUACACCGAGCACUAUCAAAUGUAGUUACUUAGGAGAAAUUAUCUUAGAAGGUAAGUUAUUUCGUCCGGUUCAUGCUGAUGAAGCAGUGUGGACUAUAGAAGAUAAUGGCUCUUUGUUGAACAUCGUUCUUCCUAAAGCUGACUACGCCGCCAAAGAAAUUGUAUGGGAAGCACUCACCGCCGAUGAAAAGUAUCAUGCAGAUCCUGUCACGUUGCAUGAGAUGAGAAAAAAAUUAGAUUUGGAAAAGUUUCAAAUUGAGAAUCCUGGAUUCGAUUUUAGCAAUGCAAAGCUAUCUAAAAGCUAUGAUAAAGCUCCGGAGCAGAGUUGAAUGAAUUCAAUAAUGCGUAUAUAGCAUAUGAUUGAAUAUAAUUGUUUUAUUGGUCCUUGAUGAAAACGAAAUGAAGAAUGGUACACUGGCAGUGGUACAAAUUUUGUUCGAUUUGAUGUGAUUCAAAUAGAAAAUUGUAAAAUUCUAACGAGCCUACAGUGUAAUCUAAGAAUAUUGCAAUACCUAUACAUACUUUUAUGAUGAUUUUAUGUAUAAGGUUUUGUAAUUACAAUAUACUGAAGAUGAACCAA